AUGAUCUGUUCUUAUCAGUGCCUUUUCCCAACGACGGCAACAUGUUACUGGACACAAGUCUACAUCGGCGUGCAAUCUUUUAAUACGCUUUCUGUAUUAGAUAUAACUUCACGUAAAGAUUCAUGCAAUACUACUUAUGUAUCAUCGAAAUUAACUUCAACUAAACAUUCUUCAACUAACACUUAUACACCAUCAGAAAUAGUAAUUCAAACUGUAGAUCAAUAUACUGAUACUGUUACAUUAACAGAAACAAAUGUUGUACGCAAUCAUCUAUCGAUUUAUCUCGAUCCAGCAUUUAAGGAAAUUCUAAAGAAAUGUUCGUCAAUUGUUACUGAUAGAUCAAUAAAAGCAGCGUGA